ACAGGUAUAACAACAAGUCAACCAUCAGUUGUUACUACAGCUCAACCACCAAUAACUACUAGCCAACCAUCAAUUGUGACAACCAGCCAACCGUCUGAAGCUACUACAGCUGAACCUGCAGGUGUAACAACAGGUCAACCAUCAGCUGUAACCACAGGCCAACCAUCAGUUAUUACUACGGCUCAACCUACAGUUACAGCAGGUCAACCAUCAGUUGUCACUACUACUCAACCACCAACUACUGGCCAGCCAUCAGUUGUAACAACAGGUCCACCAUCUGUAAUUACUACAGCUCAUCCAACAGGUAUAACAACAGCAGGCCAAACAUCAGUUGUAACUACUGCUCAACCACCAAUAACUACUGGCCAACCAUCAGUUGUAACAACAAUUCAACCAUCAGUUGUUACUACAGCUCAACCACCUAUAACUACUGGCCAACCAUCAGCUUUGACAACAGGCAAACCGUUUGAGGUUACUACUGGUCAACCUACAGUUACAACAGGUCUACCAUCAGUUGGAACUACAGGCCAACCAUCUGUAAUUACUACAGCUCAACCAACAGGUAUAAUAACAACAGGCCAAACAUCUGUUGCAACUACUGCUCAACCCCCAAUAACGACUGGCCAACCAUCAAUUGUGACAACCAGCCAACCGUCUGAAGCUACUACAGCUGAACCAGCAGGUGUAACAACAGGUCAACCAUCAGGUGUAACCACAGGCCAACCAUCAGUUGUUACUUCAGCUCAACCUACAGUUACAACAGGUCAACCAUCAGUUGUCACUACUACUCAACCACCAACUACUGGCCAGCCAUCAGUUGUAACAACAGGUCCACCAUCUGUG